GCCCCCGUUGUACUCAAAAAAAGAAAAAGAAAACUCCUGAGAGUGAGAGAAGACCAAACGCAACUUCAUAAGCUGCUUCUUCAGACGAACUAAGAAGCAACGAGGUACUAAACAGUUACCAUUGCUGGAAAAAAGAAAAAAGAAAACUCAAUUCAAAUGAAAGCCAAAACGGUGAAAGGAAAUUGGAGCUUGAGGACGAACAAGCUCGGCUUCCCUUACGUCUUCAUCAUAUGCAUCUUCUUCUUCCUUGCUGGAUUCUUCGGUUCUACUCUUUUAUCUCACUCUCAGGACGAUGGACAUGGCUUGAGGCCGAGACCGAGGCUGCUUGAAUCGACGAAGGAGGAAGCGGAGUACAAUUUGUUGCCUGCGGGAGAGUUUGGUGAUGAUUCUAUUACUUCGAUUCCUUUUCAGGUUUUGAGCUGGAAACCUCGAGCUCUAUAUUUUCCAAAUUUUGCAACUGCUGAACAAUGUGAAAACAUAAUUGAUGUGGCAAAGGCAGGCCUUAAGCCAUCAAGCUUGGCAUUACGCAAGGGAGAAACAGAGGAGAACACCAAGGGAAUUAGAACAAGCUCUGGAGUGUUUGUUAGUGCUUCUGAGGACAAAAACGGGAUUUUAGAUGUCAUUGAGGAGAAAAUUGCUAGAGCAUCGAUGAUUCCCAGGACUCAUGGAGAGGCAUUUAAUAUACUACGCUAUGAGGUUGGGCAAAGAUAUAAUUCUCAUUAUGAUGCAUUCAAUCCUACUGAAUAUGGCCCACAAAAGAGCCAAAGGAUAGCUUCAUUUUUGCUGUAUUUAACCGAUGUUCAGGAAGGUGGGGAGACCAUGUUUCCGUUUGAGAAUGGCGCGAACAUGGAUGGUAGCUACGGGUAUGAGGCCUGCAUUGGCUUAAGAGUAAGGCCUCGCCAGGGUGAUGGACUUCUAUUUUAUUCUUUGCUCCCUAAUGGUACAAUUGAUCCGACCUCACUCCAUGGGAGCUGCCCCGUGAUCAAAGGGGAGAAGUGGGUGGCUACAAAGUGGUUAAGGGAUCAAGAACAGAAAUGAUUAGAUAAUUGGGACCUGCAAUCGAGAUUCAAAUUCUUGCAUCGAUCGUAGUAGUUAUGUCUUUUUUGUAAUAAGGUCAUUAUCUGCCGCCCGGUUUGAUUUUUAUGGUCAGAUGAAUUAUCAAGGGAAAAUUUUUAUCAGAUGCUAAAAUUGUAUAACAAGACUGCAAAUUUUGUUAGUACGGAUGCACCACUAG